AUGGGCUUCAACCGGCCCUCCAAGAUCCAGGAGACGGCGCUGCCCAUGAUGCUGGCGCACCCGCCCCAGAACCUCAUUGCCCAGAGCCAGUCGGGCACGGGCAAGACGGCGGCCUUCGUGUUGGCCAUGCUGAGCCGGGUCAACGCGGCCCGCUGCUACCCGCAGUGCCUGUGCCUGGCGCCCACGUUCGAGCUGGCGCUGCAGAUCGGGCGCGUGGUGGAGCGCAUGGGCCAGUUCUGCGCCGACGUCAAGGUCACCUUCGCCGUGCAGGGCAACCGCCUGGCGCCGGGCACGCGGCCCAAGGAGCAGAUCGUCAUCGGCACCCCGGGCACCGUCCUCGACUGGUGCUUCAAGCGGCGCCUGCUCGACCUCAAGAAGAUCAGCGUCUUCGUGCUGGACGAGGCCGACAUCAUGAUCGACACGCAGGGCUUCUCCAGCCAGAGCAUCCGCAUCCAGCGGGUGCUGCCCCGCGAGUGCCAGCUGCUGCUCUUCUCGGCCACCUUCAAGAAGGCCGUGUGGCAGUUCGCCACGCAGCUCGUGGCCAACCCCAUCGUCAUCAAGCUGCGGCAGGAGGAGCUCACGCUGGGCGCCGUGCGCCAGUACUACUUCGUGUGCGAGAGCCGCCUCGACAAGUACCGGGCCCUCUGCAACAUCUACGGCAGCAUCACCAUCGGCCAGGCCAUCAUCUUCUGCCAGCCGCGCAAACUGGCCGAGUGGCUCUCGCUGGCCAUGACGGACGACGGGCACCGCGUGGCCAUGCUCACGGCCGAGCUCACCGUGGAGCAACGCGCCGACGUGAUCCAGCGCUUCCGCGACGGCAAGGAGAAGGUCCUGGUCACCACCAACGUCUGCGCCAGGGGGAUCGACGUGAAGCAAGUGACCAUCGUGGUGAACUUCAACCUCCCCGGCACGUGGAGCAAGGAGCCGGAUUUCGAGACCUACCUGCACCGCAUCGGCCGCGCCGGGCGCUUCGGCAAGAAGGGCAUCGCCUUCAACAUGGUGGAGCGCCGCAACCUGCACCUGGUGCGCCUCAUCGAGGAGCACUUCCAGACGGAGAUCAAGCGGUUGGACCCCGAUGACAUGGAUGAGCUGGAGAAGAUCGACGCGUGA